CGACAUAUCAGUGCGUGACGUUCGGCAACGUUUGAGACAUUCGCUAUACGUCGUGUCCCCGUGCUAGACCACGUCUUCUCUCACGAUGCAUUUCUCAAUCUUUUUGGUGAUAAACGUUGCCAUCGUUCUGUUAGUCGAAUGUACUCCAAUAGAUUAUGAACUAGAAGAGCGUGAAUGGCUUAAAAAUGCAUUUGCGCAUUUGAACGAUGUACGCUAUGAUAACUACGCAACGAUGAGAAAUCAACAAGAAUUACGCUCACAGAUGAAGGAAAUGGAACAAUAUAGUGAAGUGAAGAGGAAACCUCACCCCCAUCGCCACCGUAUUCCACCUGUCGUGAUGACAGUAGAGCAACAGAAACCAGAUCAAGUAUCUCAAGAGGAGCAGAAAUUAGAACAAAUCUUGGAACAAACGAAUCCUGAACAGUUUUCCGUAGAUGGGAAAUAUUCGGAAUAUACUACGGAUGGGGAUUGGUAUAAUAGACCUACUCCCUCUGCUUCUGUCCAGGUGGAAACAAAACCAAACGAAAUUCCUGUAAUAGAGAAUAAAGCGGAUAAAAUUCCAGCAAUGCUAGCACAGGAUCAAGCAACGGAGCGUAAUCGCCCGCCGGUUUUCGUAGCGGGUGAGAAACCGGAACAGGUUCCAGUAGAUGUACCACAACCGGUGCAAAUUCCCGUGGCAGAAACAAAACCUGGACAGGUUCCAGUAGGUGAACAGCAAUCGAUACAAGUUCCAGCGGUAGAGACGAAUCCCGAACAGGUUUCAGUAGAUGUACCACAACCAGUGCAAGUACCAGUGGUAGAGACGAAACCGGAACAGGUUCCAGUAGAUAAAUCGCAACUUGUACAAGUUCCAACAGUGGAGACGAAACCGGAACAGGUUUCAAUAGAGAAAAAGAAUCCUGGAGACGUCUCGGUGGUGCCCGAACAGGUACCAGUAACUCUACCGCAACCGGUGCAAGUUCCCGUGGUAGAAACAGAACCUGGACAGGUUCCAGUAUAUGUACCACAACCGGUGCAAGUUCCCGUGGUAGAAACGAAACCCGAACAAGUUCCAGUAGAUAAACCGGUACAAGUUCCAGCGGUGGAGACGAAACCGGGCCAGGUUUCAAUAGAGCAAACGAAUCCCGGGGACGUCCCGGUGGUGAUUGGACAGGUACCAGUAACUCUACCGCAAUUGGUGCAAAUUCCAGUAGUGGAGGCGAUACCCGAACAAGUUCCUCAAGUAGAACAACAGAAACCGGAACAGGAUCUCGAUCAGCAGCUAAAACUUGAAACCCCUUCGGUACUGAUUGACCAAAAUAAACCCGAACAAGUUUCCAUCGGUACAAACACGUCCCAGGUAGAAGACCCUAUUGAACAACAGGUGCCCCCGGAAGUUUGGACAACAUCGGUGCAUGCGCACAAACCAAAUCACGUUCGCCCCAUAGGCUUUGAGGAAUCGGGAUGCUUUUGGAGUGGGACAUCGCCCUUCUGCCGUGGUAACUGCGGAACUUUCUACAGAGCCAAAAUCAUAAACAAAACGGGGGAUGGAAAGGCGUGCCUCACGGGAAACAAAAAGCUGUGCUGCCCAAUACCAUCCAAUCAUUUGAAGAGUGUGAUUGGUUAAUACAAGAACCUGUAAUCGAACGCGGUCUGUAACGACGUCAAGGAACCCGAACUGCUCAUUUUCUGCCCUUACACUUCGCGCUUAAAAAUCCAAUGCUUUCAGGUUCAUUUCUCCCUCAAAACACGUCUAACAAUGACGAACAGCAUAUUCAUUUUUAAGUGGAAAUCAUAAAUGUGAAACCACUUGUGUUAGGAGAUUCGUUUCCUGCCAACUGAUGAUGCAAAGUUGUAAAAUCUGGAAACAUUGAUCUUUGCCUUCCUAUUGCAGAAAAACGCUUUCUACAUCAAUACAUAUUUCAAAAAUGA